AUGUCGAACGCGGAAGAAAAAAUUGAAGAGCUGGAGGUUGAAAGCCUCGACGAGGAAACAGCCGAGUUUUUGCGAAUUCUUGAGAGUUUUGGAUUAUCGGAUGCAGUUAUUAACGCGUUUUUAGCUAAUCAGUAUUCGAUAGAAACGCUACAAAUUAUUGAGCGGAAGGAGGUGGAAGAGCUGAUUCCCCAGCCAUUCCUAGCAGAAAGGACGAAAUUCAUCCACGGUUUGAACAUUUGGCGAAAACAGCAGAAUCUCCCACUCUUGUCGACAACUGAAAGUUCCCCAGCGCCAGCUCAACCAGCCAGUUUCGUCGAAAUAUCUAGAGACAAGUGUACAGCCACGUACUUGCUUCAGGGGUCAGCCAAAGGCCAAGCGAUAUUGAAUAAAUACGAUAAAACGCCGUUUCUGACCAGAACUGACAAAAAAACUAUCACGCAGAUAGUAGUCGACGAGUUUAAAGACCGAUUUUCGAAACUAACCUCAUCGGAAUUGGAACAAAGAUCGAUCGAGUUGUCCAAGUUAUUUCCAAGUGAGCCGAAGGAAGUAUGGUAUCAAUCACCGUGGAGUACUAAUAGCGUUGGACAAAAGAUCAAGCUCAGGAAGCAGGCUAGAGGAAAAUUGUACGAUCGUAACAUCAAUUACAAACCGGCGGUUGUAUAUGAUCUUCAACCAACAGCAUCCGGAAGCGUAGCGACUCAAUCUGCAGCAGAUAUAUCUGACGAACAUAUUGCAGAUUAUCAGCAGAUCAAAAAGUGGAUCGUUCAUAAUCAGGAUGAAUGGGAGGAGCUGAAAAAUAAGUGGAAGCAAACAUCCAGAUUGAGAGCAUUUGAACUAUCAAAGAACAACAGUAAGACUACAGCAUCUAUUCUUUCGGAUUAUUCUGUAUUCCGUAAUCACCAAGCUUAUCAGCUGGUACAGAUAGACUUCCAGCAACGAUAUCCAGACAAGGAAAAAUUACUCUUUGAUCGUUGGGAGCAGUUCGUUUCGGGUCUUCUUCCAAUACUGGAGAUUGAAGUCAACGAUUCAGAGGGGAAGGCGCUCAUCAAUCAGCUGAAAACUCCGGAAACGACUUGUGGUAUAUUUUAUGAACAUUCGACUAACAAUAAAUGCUAAUAACAUAUUUUUC